AUGGCGCCGAUUGCUAUUGAGCGGUAUGACCACGUUCCAGUCACAAAGGCAGACCUGGACUGGGCUGAGCUGAUCACAUUGGAUCUGGGUCUGUAUGACCAGCCUGGCGGCAAGGAGCAGCUCGUUAAGCAGCUUGACCACGCUGUGCAGCAUGUCGGGUUCUUCUAUGUCAAGAACUUCAACAUUAGCCAGGACGAAGUCGACUUCCAGUUUGCCUUGGGACGGGAGUUCUAUGCGCUUCCUCUAGAGGAGAAGCUCAAAUACCACAAUGCGAAUGAUCUCGUCAAGGGCGAGUACAACGGCUAUCGUCCAGCUGGAUACCGAGUCCUUGGAAACGGCAUCCGGGAUAAUGUCCAGGUAUAUAAUAUUCCCAAGUUCGACGGCUUUCACGAGCGCCAGCAGCCGCCUGUGUUGCGCGAUCACAUCGCUGAGAUUGAGGCCUUUAGCCGGAAAUGCCAUGAAGAGGUCAUCGUGAAGCUUCUGCGUCUCUUUGCCAUCCUGCUUGAGCUCCCCGACGAGGACCAACUGGUCCGAGAUCACCAAUACGACGUCAAAGGCGAAGACCACCUCCGCUACAUGCACUACGCGGCGCGCGAUCCCGAAGAGAACAAGAAAGUCGGCGAUUUAUACUCGCCCGGACACACAGAUCUAGGCACAGUGACGCUGCUCUUCCGCCAGCCUGUUGCGGCGCUGCAGAUCCUCAACUCGGAAGGCCAGUGGAAAUGGGUGCGUCCACAGGACGGCACCAUCACCAUCAACACCUGUGAUGCCCUGACGGCGCUUACUGGGGGGCUCGUCAAGUCGAGCGUCCAUCGAGUGCAUGCACCGCCGCAGGAUCAGGCUCAUGUCGACCGUUUGGGACUAUUGUACUUUGCACGACCGAAUAAUCAUGUUGUUCUUGAUCCCAUUGCCAACAGCCCCCUUCUCCAGCGCCUGGGCCGCACGCAGAAUGCCUUCACAGAGCUGGGCCAGCAUUUGACCACAGAGGAAUGGGUCAAAGUGCGCCAGACGCAGCAACAGCGUCGCACCCGUGAAGCAGACAUUUCCAAGGAAGGCAAAUACACCUACCGGCCCAAGGAUCUGGAGAUUCUUCCUGGUCUUCAAGCAGUAGUAUACAAUUAG